UACGGUAGUUUACCUGCACGUGGAUUAGUCUAGACUGGGGAGUGGGGAUGGGCCAAAUGACAAAUCGUGAUUUUGAUUAGAUCUAGAGUCUAGACCCAUAUAUACUCGGCCUCUAUUUUUUAAAUACAAAAUAAGUUAGAUUGUGUUUAGAUCUAGAUCUAGAAUCUAUUCUAGAUCUACUGAAAAUCUACUCAGACUCAGUUUUAGCUGACACACAAAGACAAACGACCAAACGUCACAAACUGUGACUGUGACAAACGUCAUGGAAUACAAUGCUUAUCUAAAACUAGAAGAUGGAACAGUGUUUCCUGGAAUUUCAUUUGGUGCAGCAAAGAGUGUGCCUGGAGAAGUUGUUUUUCAGACUGGAAUGGUUGGCUAUCCAGAGUCACUCACAGAUCCUUCAUACCAUAAACAAAUAUUAGUAUUGACUUACCCUUUGAUUGGCAACUAUGGUGUUGGGGAUGAUUCAGUUGAUGAGCACGGCCUACCUAUCUGGUUUGAAUCUUAUAAAAUACAUGCUGCUGCCUUAAUUUGUGCAGACCUAACAGAGCAGUACAGCCACUGGGGGGCUAAAAAGUCUCUGUCCACUUGGAUGAAAGAACAAAAUGUUCCUGGAAUUUAUGGUAUUGAUACACGAGCUCUUACCAAGAAAAUAAGGGAAAAGGGAAUAAUGCUUGGCAAGGUGAUUGUAAAUAAUGAUGAAGAUGACAUUCCAUUUAUUAAUCCAGAUAAAGUCAACUUGGUGCAAGAAGUUUCAUCUAAGUCAGUUGUAACCUACAAUACCAGUGGGGAUGUGAAGAUCGUGGCUAUUGAUUGUGGCAUGAAAUACAACCAAAUCAGGUGUAUGUGUCGCAGGGGAGCCUCUGUAACUGUUGUUCCAUGGGAUUACUCUUUAAAUACUAAAGAUUUUGAUGCAGUUUUUGUGAGCAAUGGCCCUGGGGAUCCAAUGAUGUGUUCUACAACCAUCAAUACAUUACGCUCACUGGUUGCUGAUCCACACUGCAAACCCUUGUUUGGGAUUUGCUUAGGUCACCAACUUCUGUCACUUGCCAUAGGAGCCAAGACUUUUAAAAUGAAGUAUGGAAAUAGAGGUCACAACCAGCCAUGCAUUUAUGACCAAAGCUUACGCUGUUUCAUAACCAGUCAAAAUCAUGGUUUUGCUGUUGAUACCAACACUCUUCCAAAAGGCUGGCUGCCUCUGUUCACCAAUGCUAAUGACAAAUCUAAUGAAGGCAUAAUUCAUGAAUCUCUACCUGUGUUUAGUGUUCAGUUUCAUCCAGAAAAUAGAGCUGGUCCACAAGAUCUGGAGGACAUGUUCACUGUGUUUCUAGACCAUGCCAGGUCUUGUAAAAAAGGAGUAGAUGGUGUCAGUAUCAGAGAGAGACUGUACACAUUUAUCAAGACUGAAGGUUUAUCUAUGACUCAACUUGAAAUAGCUCAGCCUAAAAAAGUCCUUAUUCUGGGUUCUGGUGGACUGUCCAUUGGUCAGGCUGGAGAGUUUGAUUACUCUGGCUCUCAGGCUAUCAAAGCUCUCAAAGAAGAAAAUAUUAGCACUGUUUUGAUCAAUCCAAAUAUAGCAACUGUCCAGACCUCACAAGGAAUGGCAGAUAAAGUUUACUUUCUUCCAAUAACACCUCAAUAUGUUACACAGGUUAUUAAAUCUGAACGUCCGGAUGGAGUAUUACUGGCUUUUGGGGGACAAACUGCACUGAAUUGUGGUGUGACUUUGACAAAAAGUGGAGUCUUUGAAAAAUAUGGUGUGAAAGUUCUGGGUACACAGGUGGCAUCCAUUGUCUGGACAGAAGAUAGAAAAAUCUUUGCAGAUAAGAUGUUGGAAAUUAAUGAAUUUGUAGCCCCUAGUGAAGCAGCCCAUUCAGUUGAACAGGCUGUUCAAGCUGCAGAGAGACUUGGUUACCCAGUUCUGAUAAGAGCUGCUUAUGCUCUUGGUGGCUUGGGUUCAGGUUUUGCCAAUAACAAGGAAGAAUUGCUUGUCCUAGUCACUGCCGCCUUUGCUCACACAACCCAAGUUCUGGUAGACAAAUCUCUACAAGGCUGGAAGGAGGUGGAAUAUGAAGUGGUCAGAGAUGCCUAUGACAACUGUAUUACAGUAUGUAAUAUGGAGAAUGUUGAUCCACUUGGCAUUCAUACAGGGGAGAGCAUUGUUGUUGCUCCCAGCCAAACUUUAACUGAUGCUGAGUACAACAUGCUGAGAACAACUGCCAUAAAAGUUAUUCGUCAUUUGGGAAUAGUUGGAGAGUGUAACAUUCAGUAUGCUCUCAAUCCUCUGUCACAACAGUACUACAUCAUAGAGGUCAAUGCUAGACUGUCAAGAUCAUCAGCUUUGGCCAGUAAAGCUACAGGAUACCCCCUGGCCUAUGUUGCAGCCAAACUAGCUUUGGGUCGACCCUUGCCCUUGUUGAAAAACUCAGUCACUGGCUCCACUACAGCUUGCUUUGAGCCGAGUUUAGAUUACUGUGUUGUCAAGAUUCCAAGAUGGGACCUGAAAAAAUUUAACCGAGUUUCCACCAAGAUUGGUAGCUCAAUGAAAAGUAUUGGUGAGGUCAUGGCCAUAGGAAUCAAGUUUGAAGAAGCUUUCCAAAAAGCCCUGAGAAUGGUGGAUGAAAGUGUACGAGGAUUUGAUCCAACUAUGCUGAAAGCCUGUGAAAAUGAGUUGCAGCAUCCAACUGACAAAAGAAUAUUUGUCUUAGCUGCUGCAUUGAAGGAGAACAUGACCAUUGACCAUCUCUAUAAUCUCACUAAAAUUGAUCGUUGGUUUCUUUACAAAUUUAAAAACAUCAUUGAGAAAUACAGAGAGCUGGAAUUGUAUAAAGGAAAGACUUACAGUCUACCAAAAGAACUUUUGCUUUCUGCUAAAAAGUUGGGUUUUAGUGAUCAGCAAAUAGCACAAGUUGUUUCAAGCACAGAAUUAGUAGUUCGCAAAUGCCGCUAUGACCUAGGUGUGACUCCUUGGGUCAGACAGAUUGACACUGUAGCAGCCGAGUGGCCAGCAAGCACCAACUACCUCUACCUGACUUACAACAGCAGUGAGCAUGACAUCCCUUUUGAGAGUAAGCAUGUCAUGGUGCUGGGAUCAGGCGUCUACAGAAUAGGAUCCAGUGUGGAGUUUGAUUGGUGUGCUGUCAACUGCAUUCGGACAUUGAGACAGAUGGAUUAUAAAACUAUAAUGGUGAAUUACAACCCAGAGACAGUCAGCACUGACUAUGAUAUGUGUGACAGACUCUACUUUGAUGAAAUUUCAUUUGAGGUUGUGAUGGAUAUCUAUCAGCUGGAGAAUCCAUUGGGUAUUAUUUUGUCUAUGGGAGGUCAGUUGCCUAACAACAUAGCAAUGGACUUACACAGACAACAGGCUGUGAUUUUGGGAACAUCACCUGACAGUAUUGACAAUGCAGAAAACCGCUUCAAGUUUUCUAGAAUGCUGGACAAUCUAAAGAUCAAUCAACCUUUAUGGAAAGAGCUUUCUACUUUUGAGGCUGCUGUAGCUUUCUGUGAUGAAGUUGGAUAUCCUUGUCUUAUCAGACCAUCAUAUGUGUUGAGUGGGGCUGCCAUGAAUGUGGCUAUGAACAAACAUGACCUGGAGACUUUUUUGACCCAGGCAGUUGCUGUCUCUAAAGAUCACCCAGUUGUCAUUUCCAAAUUUAUCCAAGAAGCUAAGGAAAUUGAUGUGGAUGCUGUGGCCAGUGAUGGUGAAGUUAUAUGUAUAGCAGUAUCUGAACAUGUGGAGAAUGCUGGUGUACAUUCAGGGGAUGCAACUCUUGUGACGCCACCUCAAGAUAUAAAUUCUGAAACUUUAGCAAAAAUUAAAGGCAUUUGCUGUGCCAUUGGACGAGCUUUAGAAGUGACUGGGCCUUUCAAUAUCCAGCUCAUUGCAAAGGACAACCACCUGAAAGUCAUCGAGUGUAAUGUCAGAGUCUCUAGGUCCUUCCCGUUUGUAUCCAAAGCUCUGAACUACGAUUUUAUUGCCACAGCUACACGUAUCAUUAUGGGGGAAUAUAUUGAACCAGUCAACAUAACAGGAGGAUGUGGGAAGGUGGCUGUGAAGGUUCCAGUUUUCUCCUUCUCUAGACUUCAUGGUGCUGAUGUUCUGCUAGGAGUUGAGAUGGCAAGUACUGGAGAAGUUGCAUGUUUUGGGGAGAACCGUUAUGAUGCCUAUCUCAAAGCUACCAUUAGCACUGGUUUCCAGAUCCCUAAGAAAAAUAUUCUUAUUUCAAUAGGAAGCUACAAACACAAAACUGAGUUGAUCCCAACUAUGAGAACUUUAGAAAAACUUGGCUACCAAUUGUUUGCUAGCAUGGGGACUGCAGAUUUUUACAAUGAACAUGGUUUUAAUGUGAGAUCUGUUGAUUGGCCCUAUGAAGACACUGGAGAAGACAGUUGUAAAAAUGGAGAGCAAAGAACCAUUGCUGACUAUCUGUCUGAACACAUGUUUGAUCUUGUCAUCAACCUGCCAUUGAGAAACUCAGGCUCCUACAGGGCUUCCUCUUUUAUCACGCAAGGUUACAAGACCAGACGUAUGGCUGUGGACUAUUCUGUGCCUCUCAUCACAGAUGUAAAAUGUACCAAACUGUUUGUUGAGGCUCUGCAUCAACUCAAUGCCCAGGAACCUGUUAUGAAAACUAACAUAGAUUGUUUGACUUCUCAGAAGAUUAUCAGAUUACCAGGAUUGAUUGAUGUUCAUGUUCAUGUGAGAGAACCAGGAGCUACUCACAAAGAAGACUGGUCUUCCUGCACUGCAGCUGCCUUGGCAGGUGGUAUCACCACAAUCUUGGCUAUGCCUAACACCAACCCACCUCUGGUGGACCAAGAAGGAUACAAUCUGACCAGUAAACUGGCUCGCCAAAGUGCAAGGUGUGAUUAUGGACUGUUUGCUGGGGCCAGCAACACAAACUUUCAAACUUUAACUCAACUGUGUAACAAAGUUGUUGCUUUAAAAAUGUAUUUAAAUGAAACCUAUACUACAUUGAAACUUGAUGACAUGACUAUCUGGAUGAAGCAUUUUGAGCACUGGCCCAAGUCUUUCCCAUUGUGUGUUCAUGCUGAAGAGAUGACCACUGCUGCUGUUAUCUUGAUGUCUGAGUUGUUCCAAAGAUCCAUACACAUAUGUCAUGUAGCCCGCAAGUCUGAGAUUUUGGUCAUUAAAGCAGCUAAAGAAAGAGGACUGCCAGUUACUUGUGAAGUGGCUCCACACCACCUGUUCUUGUGUGCAGAUGACAUCUCUUCUCUUGGAGCUGGUCCAGCUAAAGUUAUGCCUCGCCUGGUGACCAAAGAAGACCAGCAAGCACUAUGGGAUAACUUGGAUAUUAUUGACUGUUUUGCCACUGAUCAUGCUCCACAUACAUAUGAAGAGAAGAUGAGCCCUAACCCUCCGCCUGGGUUUCCUGGUCUGGAGACCAUCCUUCCACUACUUCUGACAGCAGUUAAUGACAACAAGCUGACUAUUGAGGACAUAGUUCUUAGGAUGCAUACCAAUCCUCGGCGCAUCUUCAACUUGCCAGAACAGCAGGAUACAUACGUUGAAGUGGACCUAGAUCACAAAUGGGUGAUACCAUCUUGCAUGCCUUACUCCAAGUCAAAGUGGACUCCAUUUGCUGGUCAAUCUGUGAAAGGGAUUGUUCGACGUGUUGUUCUCAGGGGGGACUUGGCUGUUAUUGAUGGUGAAGUGUUAACUCAGCCGGGUUCUGGGAUUGAUGUUAGAUCUAGGCUUCCAACAAUCAGUUUAACUAAAGAAUCAACAUUCCCUGAGCUUAGCGUCCAGAUACCUGGAAACUUGCCUGCUUCCCAAGGUCCCUCUGAACCACCAAGUCCAAGAAAAAAUCACCUCCAGGAAAAGUCACAUGCUCCAAGGACACCAAAGUUGUCAGAAAACUCUCCAUUUGUAUUUGAGCCACCAGAACACAGCACCUGUCAGCGUGACAAGACAGAUCUACCCAGAGAAUUUCAUGCUACUCAUCCAGAGUUGCCACGCCAGUUAGUGCCAACAGUUCCAGUUGUUCCCUUGCCUGGCAUGUACCCAGCAUCUCUUCAGCCUGUUGGUCAUCCACAUUUUACCCCAGGACUGACAGGACAGCACUGUAAUACAGUUCUGACAUUUAAUAAAGAUCAGCUGUCAGAAAUAUUCAACUUGGCGCAUAACUAUAAAGUUGCUGUAACUAAAGAUCGACCUCUGGAUCAUGUGUUAAAGGGAAAAGUCCUUGCAUCCAUGUUCUUUGAGGCCUCUACCAGGACAAGCUGUUCAUUCUCUGUGGCCAUGCAGAGACUUGGAGGUUCAGUUGUCCACUUUAAUGAACUCACCUCUUCCACUACAAAAGGAGAGUCUUUGCAAGAUACUAUUGUCAUGAUGGCAGGCUAUGCUGAUAUCAUUGUUAUUCGACAUCCAGAGGUUGGGGCUGUUCAGUCUGCAGCCAAAGCUAGCAGGAAACCUGUAGUGAAUGCAGGGGAUGGUAUUGGGGAACAUCCUACACAAGCUUUGUUGGAUGUUUUCACUGUCAGAGAAGAAAUUGGCACAGUUAAUGGUUUGACAAUCACACUUGUUGGUGACUUGAAAAAUGGCCGCACUGUCCACUCUUUGGCCAAGCUGUUAAUGUUGUAUAAGGUCAAUGUGAGAUAUGUGCCUGUACCUGGACUUGAAAUGCCAACUGAUAUUGUGGAACUUCUAAGAAAACGUGGGAUAAAACAGGAAUCUUUUCAAUCCCUUGAAGAUGCUCUUCCUGACACUGAUGUCUUGUACAUGACAAGAAUACAGAAAGAAAGAUUUGAAAACAUUGAAGCAUACAAUGAGUCAUGCAACAAGUUUAUUCUGACUCCAGAAUUAAUGAACCUGGCUAAAAAGAAAAUGGUGGUCAUGCAUCCCCUUCCACGUCUGUUUGAAAUAAGCCACAGUAUUGACACAGACCCAAGAGCAGCUUACUUCAGGCAGGCAGAGAAUGGUCUCUAUGUCAGAAUGGCUUUGAUUGCAUUGAUUCUUGGUAGAUGUUAAUACAGCAUGACUGCAGCAUCACCUUGUGUAUUCUAUGAUACAAUUUAAAAGAAAUGAGUUCAGCCUUUGAAGUUCAAAGAUAUAUUUUGCAUUUGUUUUUAAUCUUAUACUCUUGAACAUUUCAAAUGAUCCGGUAAUAUUUUUUGUUUUGUUUUGCUACUGUACAAGUUUUUUUUUUGUUAUUGUUCACUUCAUACUUCAUUGAUAUUAAAAUUGUAUGUCAACAACCAUAAAGUGUUCUAUUAAACGAGUAUAAUUACUCUUUUGGGAGAAGUUUACUUUACAUGUCUCAGCAUUUUCUUUAUUGAUCUUGCAUUUAUCAAUGCUCUAAUCCUUUUAUAAACAAGUUCUACUCACUUCCAUUGACUUUUACAAUAUUUGCUCUUUAUAAAAAUGUAUUUUUACUUUUUUUUCUGUUAAUUUGUAUUCCAUACAUUUUAUUGUCUUAAUUUUUUUAAACAAUUUUGUUUAAUUCAUGUAUGAAUGUAAUAGAAUCUUUUUGGUAUAUUAUAUUUUGUUUAUUGCAUUUUUCAAUUGUAUAAAUUCCAUCAAAAUAAUG